GAUAGCCGGAAGCACCGAUGGGAGGAAAAUAAAAAAUCGAUGAAAUCCAGUGUAUUUUGCGAAUGCAAACCUCUCACUUACUGUCCUUUUGCGCGACCGUAGGCUCGAAUUUAUCCGCCUUUUUCACUGCCACUGUGCCGGAGGGGACGGCAGGGCGCAGGAGAGCUGAUACAUUUGAAGCAAGUUGCUCGGUAGGGGUUUAGCUGACGUGUGGAGAAGUUGAGACUGCCAGAGAGCAGAUAAACAAACACAAACAAGCGGCGAUCAGCUGAGCGCCUGCUGUCCGAACCGAGCCAGCAGCACGGAGAGAGAUGUCAGGGAGGUCUCCCCUCUUUAGCCCGAGAAUGAUCCACAGGACACCGUGACUUACAAUCAUACCACCUCCAUGUCAACUGUCAACACUGGCAACACAAAGAAUUUUCGGAAACACAACACGAGGACCAGCCAUAGGCUUUAGCAGAAAAUCCACUGCUACUGUCACUGUCUCUUUGUCAAGACAUAGCCAGGACAACCAAUGAGUUAACCCUCGAGUUUACAGCUGUAACGAAACGAGUUCACAUAACGGUGCAAGGAGACGGAGAAGUGGGAUUAACAUGGCCCACCAGGCAACCCCUAGUUCCCAGAAGGCCCUGAUGAUGGAGCUGAAGUCUCUGCAGGAGCAGCCGGUGGAGGGCUUCCGCAUCACUCUGGUGGAGGAGUCUGACCUCUAUAACUGGGAAGUGGCCAUCUUUGGGCCCCCCAACACCCUGUAUGAAGGAGGAUACUUUAAGGCUCACAUCAAGUUCCCCGUGGACUACCCGUACUCCCCACCAACCUUUCGCUUCCUCACAAAGAUGUGGCACCCCAACAUUUACGAGAACGGAGAUGUGUGCAUCUCCAUCCUGCACCCUCCUGUGGAUGACCCUCAGAGCGGGGAGCUUCCCUCUGAAAGGUGGAACCCCACCCAGAACGUCAGGACGAUCCUGCUCAGUGUGAUCUCUCUGCUCAAUGAGCCCAACACCUUUUCCCCCGCUAACGUGGAUGCUUCUGUCAUGUUCCGCAAAUGGAGGGACAGCAAAGGCAAGGACAAAGAGUAUGCAGAGAUAAUCAGGAAGCAGGUGAUGUCAACGGCGGCAGAGGCUGAGCGCGACGGCGUCAAGGUGCCAACCACGUUGGCGGAGUACUGCGUCCAGACCAGGGUUCCCUCCCAGGACAGCAGUUCAGACCUUCUCUACGACGACCUUUACGAUGAUGAUAUGGAGGAGGAGGACGAGGACGAAGACGAGAGCGAUAUGGAGUCUGUAGGUGAAGCUGGCGGGAUGAGCCCCACAGAGGACGGAGGGACGUCCACCAGACGUUACGACAACCAGGACGACUCUGGCAACGAGGACUCAUGAUGAUCUGGAUGAUAACUCCUCCUUGCCAACUCCCCCCUCCCAAAGCUGUGUGUGUGUCUGUGUCUGUGUGUGAGUGUGAGUGUGAGUGUGAGUGUGAGUGUGAGUGUGAGUGUGAGUGUGAGUGUGUGUGUGUGUGUGUGUGUGUGUGUGUGUGUGUGUGUGUGUGUGUGCACACAUACUGUGGGGUCAAAGGUGAACUGCCAAAAAUGUUUCAUCAUUUAUUAAACUAAUACAAAUGGUCAAUAGUAGUUGUAGUCAAGUGCUAUUAGUUUUUCAGAAAAGUUUUGUUGGUACCGUUUUCAAUGAAAGUAAGAAUUUUGUGUUUCCACCGUUUGCCUUAAUUACAGCUUGCACUCUGUUUGGCAUCAGAUGUUUCGCAGAGAUUGAGAAUUGAAAUUAUUCCAGCACUGUUUGAGAGCACCCCACCCCCCAAGUGUUUUCGAGGUAACAUUAUAUUUCACCUUUUUCUAAAUGCAGAAAUGAUAGCAUGUGACUUCGACAAUACAGCGGUCAUAUUACAAGUUAUUGACUCCACAGUAACAGCCCCAAAACGGAAUAUAUCCACCGUUAAAAUCUUGUUCUUUGUUUUCAUCCAUGUGGCUGAAUUUUUUUGAAUCUGUAGUAGCGUUUGACUUACUUUUGUUUUGGUAACCGCUAAAGUUUGUCGGUAUUUUACCUGUAUUUGUGUUGGUUUUGCUUCUUGGAUGCAGAUACAUAAAGAUGUUGGCUUCAAACCAUAGUGCCAUGUCUACUUCCAUUUAGUUUUAAUUUAGAAAAGGAAAAACUUUUAAUUACAUUUAUGAUCCGGUAUUUUCAUUUGUUAUGAGAGCUGGAGCGCCAAACUUCUAGCAGUGAGAGUAAUUACCACACGGGAGGGACCAUAGCAGCUUGGUGAUUGGUGGAAAUCCUAAGAAUCGCCCAAAAAAUGUGUUUGGAGUGAAUGCAGGAUCCAAGAAAAGAAAUCAUGCGGGAGAAGACUUAAAGAGAGUGCACCUGCAGUUCUAUAUGCGCCAGCCACAUGAGCUAUUCAGCGUUGUGUGCGCUCGUUUGGCUGGGGCUUGAAUGUAAUGAAUGUUCAUUUAUAUGUAAAACUCCUGCACUCCAGCUAAGACUAUAAUGAUAGCAUGUUCGCAGCAUGUGUUUACGUUUGCAGGCACGGUGAAACAACAUUUUUUCUGUCCUCUGAUUAUACAACAUUUUUUUUCAUUACGUAUAAGAAUUUCCCAAAGAUAAAAAUCACAUGUUAGCUCUAAAUAACCUCAACAACAGAAUUGUCUUAGUUUUUGAUAAAUGAUGAAAACAAACUGUCCAUGUGGUGGUCUCCUGAACCCCUGUAGCUGGCCUGCUCUUCGUCUGGUUCGUCAGAUUGUCUGGUUUUGUGUAAUAAGGUUGUCUCCAUCCGCCCGUCUCUUUAUUUGUUGCUGUUUUUUAUUGUUCUUCUUUUGGUUGGUUGACAGUCUGUCGUUCCAGACCUAUCCCUUGUAUUUUGUCGGUUGGCUUAGACCGAUGGACUCUUUGCUGUUUGGUUCAUUAACCAGUCGAUGGGCUGGCCAGUUUGUCCUGUCAUUGUCCAUUAUUGUGGCAUCCCGUGGCAGAAUAUCUCUGUCCCUCUCCCGCCUCUCUGUUCGACUAAUGCAAUCAACAUAAGCACCGCUCGUCCUCUUAGACCCCCCCCCCCCUUCAGUAGUGUUCAUCACGACUGCUUCCUCUUGAUCCCUCAAAGCAGCGUCUUUCGGUUAGGGGUCGUCUCCUCCUAUACCUCUCUCUGCCUCUUAAACCUCAGGGCCUCAAUAGACUUUCACUGAGAGAGAAAAAACUGUCUAAGAGAAACUCUUACAUUAAAUUUGCUCCUCACCUCCACCUCAUCUUCUUACUUUCUGCAUCACUGGGUGGUUGUAGAGGGCAGAGAGUGAAGUGAAAGUCUCUAAACCCACCGCCAGCGUGUUGACACAUGACUGAGUGCUGCUGUUGGUCCUGAUUUGGCUCCUUUUUUAGUUGUUUGCUUUUCUGUAGGCAAAUGUCAUAUUUAGAAAAUCAAAACACACCUGAAGGGACCUUUUUUCCGUCAGAUAAUGCUCACACCAUCUUUCCAUAGAUGUGAAAAUGUUACGUUUUUUUUCUCCAUUACUCAGACUAAGCUUAACAUUUCACGACGAUGAGCUCAACAUGCAGCUUAGCUACCCAUUUACAUUUGAAUGAAUAUGACACUGAUUGCGUGUUGUGUGUUUCUGUGUGCGUGUGUAUAUUUACAUUUGCUAUUCAUCUAUUGAAAACAAUGUCAGGGUUUCCUUGUUCCUGUCCCUGGAACAGGAGCAGACUUGUGUCAAACCAGGGAGUUUGUCCAAAUGAACUUUUAGAUUUUGUCCGGUGGAGAAAACAUUGUGUGUUUGCACAGUGUUCUAGUGCCGUGUUGGCGAGGCCUGAACUGGAUGAGGAUUUAACUGAAUGAAAAAAGAAUACGGCCUCAAGAAUUAAACUGUUGGACACACUGAACAGCGUAAUGUGAUUAUAGUACUCGCGUGGCAUCGAGUAAACCACACAUUUUGAGUUGUUUUUUUAUGGUUGUGGGUAUGAAUCUAUUGCCCUUUUCACAGAGCACUGUGCAAACCUUUGACUGAAACAGAUGGAUUUUAUGCCAAGGAAACCGAGUACAGCCCCACAAACGUUCAUUUUAAAGUCUACGGAGCUAUGGAUGCAUGUGGUGGAUUUAAUGCUGUGUGAAUUAACUCUACCUUUCGGAUUUUAAUGUGAAGCCAAAGGAGUGAAACAUUUCCUCCUGGCCUUGCGCUUUGGAGCAUCUCAGAGACUGGAUUCUGUCGAGGACAGAGAGAGAAAUCUAUUCCUGAACCGGAUCUUUAAUGGAUUUGAUAUCAUGGCACAACAGGAAAGGGAUUAUUGCCAGAGAUUUUGAAAUUUGCUUCAUGUGGUCCACAUUUUUUUGCCCAUCCCUCGCCAUACAGAGAAGAAGUAGAAAAAAGUGAUGAAAUGUACUGAAUUCAUGUGUAUCUGCUAAUGUACUAGUUUGUCAUUUUAGGAAAUAUGCUCAGUUUUGGUGGUUAAAAAUAUCUAUACCACUUUCUUUGCUGAAAAGGGGGGGAAACAGUUAGCCUGGCUUGGUCUUGCUAUCUAAUUUCGGUCCCCAUUAAACAGCAAAAUUACCUUUUUACUUUUAUGAGUUUUGGGCAGAUUCAACAAACAAGCUGUUACGUCUUAUUGACUGAGCUUUAGAGAUACUGAUAUGAGGCUGAUUUUGGUAUCACAGAACAAAGCCAGGCUAACUUUUUGCUAAACUUAGCUAACAGGUUGCUGGCUGUAGCAUUGUUUAAACAGAGACACGUGCUAUUUAUAUUGUCAUCACACUCCUUGCCAGAAAGCUAACAAGUGUAUUUCCCAAAAUGUCAAACGCCUUUCUUUUUUUUCAACGCACCUAUUUUCACCUUUUCUAUAUGAAGCCAAGGCCAUAAGCUGGUUAGCUUCGCUUUGCACCAAAAAUCACAUGUUUUAGCUCUUAGUAAAGGGAAACUGGAAAGAAAAAACUAAUCGUAAAAGAGACAGGUUAUAUCCUGACCGUUUUCUUGGCCUGGAGACAUGACUUCCUGUAGUCUACCUUUGGUCAGAGCUCCACUAUUUGUUUCCCUUUUUGUCCAGUCUUUGUCCUAAGCUAAGCUAAAUGGGCGCUGGCAUUAGCUUCACAUUUUUCAGAGAGAUGUGAGAGUAGUAUCAGUCUUCUGAACCAACUCCAGGCAAGAACGCAAAUAAGGGUGUUUCCAGUAAUGUUAUCCUCUUUAAUUUAACAAUUGAAUAAAUUAGAAAUCAGAAUCAGUGUUAUUGUUUGUGUUAGAGUAAAGUCUAGGCGUAGUGUUGCCCUUAUGAUAGAAAUUCAAUGAUCAGUUUAGAGCUUUUCAAUCUUGAAUGCUCCUCUUUUUUUUACUCAAAUGUAGGCCUUGUUUUAUAAUGAGGUCAGGGAAAGACAAGCUCAGGAGGCUUUUUGAGGGAAAAGAGCAAAAAACAAUUAUUAUCUCCGAGGGAUUUUAAUUUUUUUACUCAACCUAAGAAAGGACACACUAAAGAGGAUUGCGGUCUAAGAUGGUGAGAGGUCAUUCCAUACAAAGGCCUGAAUGAAAUCAUUUAGUUCAUUUAAUCUGGUUGUGUGUAAGCAUGUGUGUGCACAAGUGUGUCAUUUUUUAAAAGUGUGGGCCUUCACCUGGUCGCACAAAUGGACUUACCUGUGUGUGUCCACAAUGCGUCCACAAUGCGUCCUCACCUAUCGAUGUUAAUGCUGUCCUUGUUGGGUUUUCUUUGGUUUUAUGUAUUUUUUUUCCUUAUCAUUUUGUGUUUGAUAGGAUGCAAAUGUCACUCAUAAAGUUUCUAUUGUAAAAAGAAAUAAAUUACAUUGUUGGGUUUAUUUGCAUUAUA